CGGUCCGCGGAAGGUACUGGCGAUCCUGAUAUGGUUGCGGGACCGUAGGUGGGAGCUGCGUUGCGGCUGCGGCGGGUGACGGAGCGGAGGUGGAGAGGGCGUCAGGGACCGGCUGUGGUGGGCGGCGGCGGGUCUGGGAAAGAGCACAUCUCCCUGUGCCCAACCCCAGCUGCAGGCGGCUCGUCUCCGCGGAGCUGCCGCCCACGGCACAGAGGCCCUACGUGUCGGACAUCAAGGGGCUGCGCCGCAGUAGGUUCAGACCCUCAUCUUCUGAGAAGGUGUGUAAAGAUGCUUAAAGAGCGCCCAGGGAUGGCGGAAGAGCCUCAGCUGCAAAUGAGCGUUCCAGUGGUGAAGCUGGAGAAAGAGUUGCCAUGGGGCAAGGGCAGGGAGGACUCGAGUCCUGAGACUUUCCGUCUGAGGUUUCGGCAGUUUCGCUACCAGGAGGCUGCUGGACCCCAAGAAGCACUCAGGGAGCUCCAGGAGCUCUGUCACCAGUGGCUGAGGCCCGAGCUGCACACGAAGGAGCAGAUCCUGGAGCUGCUGGUGCUGGAACAGUUCUUGACUAUCCUGCCCCGGGAGUUCUAUGCCUGGAUUCGGGAACACUGCCCUGAGAGCAGCAAGGCCUUGGUGGCCAUGAUGGAAGACAUGACAGAGAGGACACUGGAGGCCAAGGCGGUUCCAUGCCACGUACAGGGAGAACAGGAUGAGACAGCACUCUGCAGAGGCCCUUGGGAACCAGGUGUCCACCUGGGGCCAGUGGAGGUCAAGCCUGAGUGGGGAUUGCCCCAUGGGGAAGGAGUUGCAGGCCUAGGUCAAAGCACUGAGGAGCAACUCAAUCAGGACCCUGGAGAUGGGACGCAGACCUUCCAGGAGCAGGCUCUACCUCUUCUUCAGGCUGGCCCUGGCCUCCCCUCAGUGAACACCAGAGACCAAGAGAUGGCAGCUGGGUUCCUCACAACUGGAUCCCAGGGGUUGGGGCCUUUUAAAGAUAUGGCUCUGGCCUUCCCUGAAGAGGACUGGAGGCAUGUGACCCCGGCCCAGAUAGACUGCUUUGGUGAAUAUGUAGAACCGGAGGACUGUGGGGUCUCAUCUUCAGGCAUUGGGAAUAAGGAAAAGGAGGCCAAAACCCAGCAGGAAGACCUUAAAGGGCCACUUGCUGGAUUGACGUCAGAGAGGUUUGGGGAAGCUGUUCUCCAGAGCCCUGAACUUGGAAGGACCUGUGACCAGGAGCCCAGUAGCUCUGUGGGACACACUUCAGGACUCCCUGCUCCCCAGCAUGGUGUCAUACCCCAGCCUGAUGACCUCAAGACUCACAGCGCCUUCUGGAAGCCUUUUCAGUGCCCCGAGUGUGGGAAAGGCUUCAGUCGGAGCUCAAAUCUUGUCAGACACCAGCGAACCCAUGAAGAGGAGAAGUCAUAUGGCUGUGUUGAGUGUGGGAAGGGCUUUACUCUGAGAGAGUACCUUAUGAAGCACCAGAGAACCCACUUAGGAAAGAGACCUUAUGUCUGUAGCGAGUGUUGGAAAACCUUCAGCCAGAGGCACCAUCUUGAGGUCCACCAGAGAAGUCACACCGGAGAGAAACCCUACAAGUGCACCGACUGCUGGAAAAGCUUUAGUCGCAGACAGCAUCUUCAGGUGCAUCGGAGAACUCACACUGGGGAAAAGCCCUAUACCUGUGAGUGUGGCAAGAGCUUCAGUAGGAAUGCCAACCUGGCAGUGCACCGGCGAGCCCACACAGGGGAGAAGCCAUAUGGGUGCCAGGUGUGUGGGAAACGUUUCAGUAAAGGGGAGCGGCUGGUCAGACACCAGAGGAUCCACACAGGAGAGAAGCCCUACCACUGUUCUGCCUGCGGGAGAAGCUUCAACCAGAGAUCCAUCCUCAACCGACACCAGAAAACGCAGCACCGCCAGGAAGCCUCGGGGGCAGCGAAGGCCCCCUGCUGAAGUGUCCGUAUCCUUUUUCCUCUCGCUGUGGGAAGGCACUGGAGAAGGCAGGACCUUCCAGAACCACCAAGUGGAAGGAAACCUCAUUGGAGGGAUGUCAUUCACCUUUCCUCACUGAAGGGCAUUUGGAGGGAGUGAUGGGAUGCAGAAAGGUGCUUUGACCCAUUUUCUUCCCACCCAUUCUCAAACACGGGAAAGGGGCAAGGCCUGGUUUGUGUUGAGCUGGAGAGCGCAGCUUCUCAUCCCUCUUACUCAGGUGGUGCUAACAGCUUUUCGUACCCUAUUUUGAGGAGACCGUUUCCUGAGUUUCAGCUCAGGCUGAAGUUUUUCUCCUUCAAUGGGAUGUGCUUCUCAGUCACCUGGAGAAGUCUGAUGGUAAAGGUAACAUUCUAACACAUGUCAGCAGCUUGAGUCUCGAUUUUUCUGAGGGUGGUAUCCUGCCUGUAAGAUCACUAGCUCAAACUCUCUCCCUCCCUCCCCCGACUCUUUUUGUCAUUUAAUGGGUAUUUAUUGGACACCUGAUAUGUUCCUGGCACUGGGAAUACCGUGGUGAAUGAGACAGAUGAGAUGUGUUCUCUUGGAGCUUGUGAUGAGCAGUGGAAAUAAACAUGAGACUGUUAACAACACAAAGUAUUCUAAAUUACGCCGUAGUGAGUGCUGUGUGAGGGAAUAGACUUCUCAGACUCACUCGUUCUGCCCUGACUGCAAGUCCUCUGCUUGUGUGUGGAUCUUUCCCUUAACAGUUGGGAUCUUUUCUCGAACAAUCACACUUAACUUUGUUUUUUGCCCUCUUUGUCUCUGACUGUAACAUUCUACCCUCAUCUGUAAAAUUACCCUAUUCCAAUAUUUCUUGUACUAUAAUAACUAUCAACACAUCAGCUAUUAGGAAAUUAAUAUUUUGCUAUUGAUCACUGGAUAAACAUGAGUAUUUUUUGAAACAUUCAGUUCUUUAAAAAGAUCUAAUUGAGUGAGUCUGAAAGAUGAAUUGGUAUUAAUACCCUAUAUUUGAUGACGCUUUAUGGUGUAUAAAAUGCUUUUCUUGGUAUCCUUGAUUUAUUACACAAAUAUAUGUCGAGGCCCUACUAUGGGCCAGGCACUCUUCAGGGUGUUCAUGAUACAUCAGUGAACAAAGUAGAGGGAAAAAAAUCCCUGACCUUGUGGCGCUUUUACAUUUUAGUGAAUGUACUUGAUCUUCAGAACCCCUUAAGAUGAAACCCGUGGACAAUCCCGUAAAUCCACUGGGAUUUGAGCCUGUGUUCUUGGUUCUGUCGGCUUCUUCCCUGAAACACGUUUGCCACGUACCUCUUGUUACUGAAUAGUCUCUGUUUGGCGCACCUAGAGACUUAUGCUCUGAGACGCUGGAGAGGGUGAGGCGGUAGCAGCCUGUUUUGCCUAAGUGCCAAUUCAGGAAAAAUACAAAUGUAUGUAGGCGUUUGAAAAAUAUGUUUCCUAAAAAAUGAGAAGGUGAAGUACUCGUAACUGUGUUUGAGCCUCCUUAUGUUAUUUUACGAUCCCUAAAGGGUUUCCUUUCCUGUUUAAAAUUUCGGAAACUGCGUGACUCAUGGGCUGCAUUGCAGUGUUCUUCUUGUGCUGAGCCUUUGAACACCGGCUGCUGAGUGAUAUUUUAUCUUUUCUUGACAGUGUACUACAAUUGCAAGAUGUGGUUUGUCUCAUGGUGCCUCUUAAUAUUGUAUUCUUUUACUGAGAUAUUUUUCCAUUUUCCAUUGUAAAUAAGAUAAACAGUCAUGACUUUAACACAGUUGUAUUACUCAAUCCAUUUUGAAAUGUUUGGUUUUUAUCACCCAUUUCUUGGCAGUAGCCAUGGCAUUUAAUUUUGAUUUAGCUAAUGACCCCCCUGGUUCAUCAGCUGCCCCCACUAGGCUGAGUAUAUCUGAGACAUCCACCCAAGGGUACUGCCACUCCUCACCAGUGCUAAGGCCCAUAUACAAUAUCAGCUCUUUUUUCCCCUACUUCCCAUACGGGCCAAACAAGGCUUAUAGCCACUUGCCGGCCAGACCCAGUGGGUUGCUUUUCCUAAGCCUCUGGCUCCUGGUCUGUAGGACUUGGGGGCUUUCUUGGCCUGAGUUUGGCCUCUGAGGAGGUCUAUACUCCAAAGCUAGGCAGCAUUCAUGGGGUCAUCAUGGGCUGGGAGUUGCUCAUCAGUGGUCUGUCUAUCUUCCCAAGUUUAAUAGUAGACUCUCUUUGGUCAUAUAUUUAGCCAAACAAACCUCUGAGUUUUCAGCCAAUUGGAAUUUCUUGACAGAAGCCCCAGUGAGAGUAAAUUAAGGCCUUGCUCUCUUUCCCACUUGGCCUCUUCCUUUAUCUCCUUUGAGAUCAAAACUUACUGGCAAUUUCCCAAGCCUUAAGAGAGAAUUUUUUCUAUGGAAUUGUAGUGGCCUAUUUUUGAUCGCUAUUAAAAUGUCAACAAAUAUUUGAUUGUUUUCUGUAUUUUUCAAAAAUUUUUUUUUUAGUAGAAAAUGUCAGACGUGUGUAAAUGAAUCCUCAUGUAUUCGUUAUUAGCUACUAAAACUCUGGCCGGUCUUGUUUCGUCUCGACCCCCACCAAACCUUUGCCUCUUUCACCGAAGUAUUUUGAAGAAAAUCCCAGGUAUUAUUUAUUCAUUAAUAAAUAUUUCAAUGUAUACCUCGAAAAGGUAAGGACUCUUUAAAAAAUAAAUAAAUAAACAUAGCCACAAUACUAUAUCUUACCUUAAAAAGUUAAUUUCCAGGAUAUCCAACUAAUGUUAAAAAAAAAGUUUUUAAAAUUUAGAAUCCAAAUAAGAUUCAUGCAUUGUAAUUUGAUGCUUUGUCUUCUAAGUCUCAUAAUCUAUAGUUUCCAUCCUUUUUUUUUUUCUUUGAAAUUUACUCAUUGAAAAACUGGAUUAUUUGUCUUGUAGAGUUUCUCAGAUUCUACAUUUUGCUGUUUACAUUCCUACGUUUCUCUACCCUCUGUGUUAUCUAAAAUCUCAGAGUUAGGUGUAGAGGUAUAACCAGAUUCAUAUUCUGUGUCACUCUGGAACACAAGGUUGACUUUAUCCACUUCUGAGACAACUGACAGGAACUUGUUUCUCUACUGUCUCCUUGUUCUUUUAACUCUGCUAGGGUUUCUCAACUUUGGCACUAUUGACAUUUUGUCCAGAUAAUUUUACUAUUGGGUCCUGUCCUGGCUGUGCACUGUAGGAUGUUUGACAGCAUCCCCGGCUUCUACCCACUAGGUAACAGUAACUACCCCCUGUGUGACAACCAAAGAUGUUUCCAGACACUGUCACAUGUCCCCUGGGGAACAAAAUCAACCCUGGCUGAGAACCACUGACCACUGUUCUUUUGCAAUGAGUGUAAUAUCUGAAGUGAGUUAGGUCGAUGGUUUAGCUUUUGAAAGCACUGGAAUUUCAAGGACUGGAGCUUUUUUGUGUUAAGGUUAAAGCCUCAGCCUAACUUUCUGAAACAAGGAUGGUGAGGCUACGUCUUAAAUACUUUUGGGCAUGUUGUCAGGAGAGAUCAGUCCUUGGAGAAGCACAUCUUGCUUGGUAGAGGAGUCAACAAAAAAGAGAAAGACCCUCAACGAGAUGGAUUGACACAGUGACUGCAACAAUGGGCACAAGCAUAACAAUCGUGGGCAUGGCACAGGACUGGGCAGUGUUUUGUUCUGUUGUACACAGGAUCACUAAGUUGGAACUGACUGGAUGGCACCUAAACAACAAUAACUUUCUGAAAAAGAGGUUUUACUAGAGAACACUUAUGUUAAAUGUAGGAUUUUCAAACAGGGCCAGGAACAAUUAGAAUCUGAGGAUAGGAGGCUGGACAUCUAUAACAAACAUCUUAGGUGGCUCCUAUGUAGGCAACCCCAUUGCUUUUGGAACCACUGCACAAGUCCCUCUUCAGGUACCUGCCACAAAGCCUCUACAGCACAAUGAACUUUUGCUGGAGGGCUAGAUUCAUCUUGCCUAGUAAAUGCAUGUGCUUAAGUGGGGGACCACUUAAGCUCAGUACAGCCAGUUACAGCCUUUAUUUUUCUCCUUAGUAAGGCCUUCAGGGCACACAGUAGACACGUAUUUAAAUGAAUGAGAGGUCUGGCUUUCUACUAGCUUUCUUCUAGAAGGCUCUUGUGAAGGUGCCUUAGGAAAAAAAAAAAAAAAACACUACAGCAAAUUACUUUCUGCUGACCCUGGGUAGUUGGUAGGUAUCUCUAGCUGUUGAGCUACCAAUUCCAAUUAUACAGAAUUAUCAGAAAUUCUCCAAGCCAAAAAUUCACUUGGGUUUCCUACAGUUUAUUUUUGUCUUGCCUCUUUUUUCAUUAUCUCAAUGAAGCAUACACUUCUGGAGAUCAUCUUGUGUGACUCAUCCCCAGUAAUCUUCAAUAAAAAUUUGAAGUGGAAAGAGCAGGUGAUAUUUUUCCUGUGUUGCUGCUGGGAAUUUAAACUGCUAAGAGAAUGGGUAAUGCAAGCAUUGCGCCUUGAGGAUGCAGAGGCACAUAAAAACAAUUCAGUUCUCCUGGAGCAGCAAAUAGGCUCCAGUGUGAGGGCUGCCAUCACUCCACAUGUACAAGCCACAGCUCUACCAUCUGAGUGGCCAGAGAUUAAGAAUGGGCAGCAAACCCAAGAGCUUGCUUCAUGUGUUUUCCCCUCCUAUUUGCAGUCUAUUGAGAAGGUGGUAAAUUAGCUUUUAGAGAUUGGGAGAAGAGAGAUGGUAGAAGUCUUUGUAUCCUGUACUCCCACCUCCAGGAGCUAUUUGAGUAUCAUACUAUUUGUGAAAAUUUGAGGAAAACUCAAUCUAUAUCAUUUGGAAAUUUUAUUAACUUUAGUAAAAGGGCCCAGCAUGUUAUAUGAACAGGGAAAAUAGAAUGAAUAAGUAGGUUGUCUUUGAGAGCCAGCCUUCUCAUGAGAUUUUUCCAGUCUUCAUUUAUAAGUGUCUCUGCUGCCUGGACUAAGGUGCCUGUGGAAGGAAUGGGAAAUAAGAGAUGAAAAAAAUCAAUUAGUUAAAACUGAUACUAACAUGUUAAAUAGACCAAUGGAAUAGAAUAAAAAGUUCAGAAAUAGACCCAACUACAUAUAGAAAUCUAGCAUCUAAUGAAGAUUGCAUCUCAAAUCACUACAGCAGGGAUUUUUUUUUUUUUUUUUUUUAAAUAUGGUAUUGGGAUAACUGGAUAGCCACUUGGAAGAAAGUAAAAGAUCCAUUCCUCACACCACAUGCAAGAAUAAGCUCCAAAUGGAUAGGGAAUCUAAGUGUAGAAAAUGAAACUAUACAAGUACUAGAAAACAGCAUGGAUAAAUUCCUCUAUAACCUGGGUGUAGGGAAAAGAUUUUAAACUAUGAUUCAAAAUCUAGAUGCAAUAAAAGAUGGAUGAAUUCAUAAAGUUAAAAAAAAUAAAAACUGCCUGCCAAAAAACACAAGCAAAGACAAAUGACAGACGGGGAGAAAAUAUUUGCAACAUAUAACACGAAGGACUGAUAUCCAUAAUAUACAAAGAACUUCAAAAAAAGAUCAAAAAAGACCCAAAAUAGAAAAUUUGGCAAAACUCGAAUUCACAAAAUGAUAUAAAAAUGGCCCUUAAACAUGAAAAGAUGGUCAACUUCACUCAUAAUAAAUGCAAAAUUAAACUACACUGAGAUAUUAUUUCUCACCCAUCAGAUUAGCAAAAAUAUGAAAACACAUUCUGUUGGUGAGGUGGUGGGGCCUGGUGGCACAGUGGUUUGGCUGCUAACCAAAAGGUCUGUCGUUUGAAUCCACCAGCACUCCUUGGAAACCCUAUGGGGCAGUUCUACUCUGCCCUAUCUCCCACUCCUGCUUUGAGUGGGAAUUGGCUCGAUGGCAAUGGGUUUGAUUUUCUUUUUGGUUUUUGGUGAGGUUGUGGAGAAACAGGAAUUCUUAGCCUUCCUGAUGGGAAUGCGAACUGGCACAACCUCAUAUGGUAGGGAAUUUAGCUUUAUUAAAAAAAAAAUAAUGUAUGCAUUUACUCUGCAGAUACACCUCUAACAAUAUGGAAAUACACAUGCACAAAGUUAUUCAUUGCAGCAUUAUCUGUAACUGCAAAACAUUGGAAACUGCCUAAAUAUCCAAGCACAGCUGGUUGAAAACAACUAUGGUACAGCCACAUUAUGGGGAGACCACUGAAACAAUAUAGGAAAAUUGAGAAAAGAGCAUGGCUUCUGCGACUGACUGAGAAUCAGUCCCAGUUCAGCAGCUGGGUUCAGCAGAAGGCUGGAUUGGAUUCUAGAUAGCCUGGAAAAAACUCUUUUGCUUCCUUUUGAGUGAGGUUUUUUGUUUGUUUUUUAAAUUUUACCUUGGCAUCUUAGUAAAAAAUCUUAAGGUGUAAUUCUUUUGUGCCCAACUAAAGAAAUAUCAUGAUUCAUUGAAAGAAAGGAAGAGGGGAAAACUGGGAGCAGAAGAGUAUGGGACCAUUUGUGGAUUCAGGGAUCACCUUGUUUGUGCUGGGAGAGGCCAUUACAAGGGAUAUAUGUCUUUUAUUAUGUAAAAAACCCCAGAAAACCCAUGUAGAGGUGGCAAAAAUAAUUGUCCUUACCUUGUCAUUCCCCUGUGUCUUUUCUCAGGUUCAAUACCUAAAAUGUCAUUGUCUCACCUAACCCACUUUUAUUUAUAAGGGGAGAUCAAUUCCUCUACUGCAACUUGUUUAGACCGUAUCAUAGUCAGAAUAACCUCGAUUCAUACACAAAACACUGAAACCAUAUCUUAACACUGGAUUCUUAAUAUAUACUAUAUUCUUGCAUUUCAUUUUCCUCUCCUAAUUUACUUUUAUUGACUAUGCAAAGGUAUUUGACUGUUCGGAUAAUAACAAAUUAUGGAUAAUAUUGCAAAGAAUGGGAAUUCCAGAACAUUUAAUUGUGCUCAUGAGGAACCUGUACGUAGACCAAGACAUAGUCAUCUUAACAGAAGAAGGGGAUGCUGCGUGAUUUAAACUCAGAAAAGGUGUGUGUCAGGGCUGUAUCCUUUUACCAUGCUUAUUCAAUCCGUAUGCUGACCAAAUAAUCUGAGAAGCUUGAAUAUAUGAAGAAGAACACGGCAUCAGGAUUGGAGCAAGACUCAUUAACAACCUGCGAUAUGCAGAUGACACAACCUUGCUUGCUGAAAUCGAAGAGGACUUGAAGCACUUACUAAUGAAGAUCAAAGACUAUAGCCUUCAAUAUAGAUUACACCUCAACAUAAAGAAAACAAAAAUCCUCACCACUGGACCAAUAAGCAACAUCAUGAUAAAUGGAGAAAAGAUUGAUGUUGUCAAGGAUUUCAUUUUACUUGGACCCACAAUGAAUGCCCAUGAAAGCAGCAGUCAAGAAAUCAAAUGAUGCAUUGCAUUGGGCAAAUCUACUGCAAAAGACAUCUUUAAAGUGUUAAAAAGCAAAUAGAUCACCUUGAAGUCUCAGGCGUGUGUUUUAGUCAUCAAGUGCUGCGAUAACAAAAAUAUCACAAGUGGGUGGCUUUAACAAAGAGAAAUUUAUUUUCUCAAUCUAGUAAGCUAGAAGUCCAAAUUCAGGGUGUCAGCUCCAAGGGAAGCCUUUCUCUGUCGGCUCUGGAGAAAGCUUCUUCCCAUUAAUCUUUCCCUGGGCUAGGAGCUUCUCCACGCAGGAACCCCAGGUCCAAAGGACAUGCUCUGCUCCCAGCACUGCUUUCUUGGUGGUAUGAGGUCCCCAUGUCUCUCUGCUUGCCUCUGUCUUUUAUAUCUCAAAAGAGAUUGGCUUAAGACACUAUCUAAUCUUGUAGAUCUCACCAAUAUAACUGCCGGUAAUCCGUCUUAUAAACAUCAUAGUGAUAGGAUUUACAACACAGGGAAAUCACAUCAGAUGACAAAAUGGUAGACAAUCAUACAAUACUGGGAAUCAUGACCUAGCCAAGUUGAUCGAUAUUUUGGGGGGACACAAUUCAGUCCAUGACAGUACACCUGAUCCAAGCCAUGGUGUUUUCAAUCACUUCAUAUGCAUGUGAAUGCCGGAUGAUGAAUAAGGAAGCCUGAAGAAUUGACACCUUUGAAUUGUGGUAUUGUGAAGAAUAUUGAAUAUAGCAUAGACUGCCAAAAGAACGAACAAAUCUGUUUUGGAAGAAGCACAACCAGAAUGCUCCUUAGAAGCAAGAGUGGCUAGACAAUGUCUCACAUACUUUUGAUAUGUUAUCAGGAGGAAUCAUUCCCUGGAGAAGGACAUCAUGCUUGGUAGAGAGUCAGUGAAAGAAAGGAAGACCCUCAACAAGAUGAAUUGACACAGUGGCUGCAACAAUGGGCUCAAGCGUAACAACGAUUGUGGGGAUGGCACAUGACCGGGCAGUGUUUCCUUCUGUUGUACAUAGGUUCACUAUGAGUUGGAACUGACCCAACGGCACCUAACAACAACAACAGUUUAGUUAGUGUAGCAGCAAAAAAAUGAAUUAGUAUAACCCUAAUCUAGAGAUAAAUAGCAAAGGCAUGAAGUGCCCCCCGCCCCCCGCCGAAGUCCCUUUGGUAGAGAUUUUAAUAGGCAUCUUACCCCUUAGUUUUGGUAUGCUAGUGUUAGUUCUGAUUUAUUUAUGCUAGAGUAGGGUCGCUAUGAGUCAGAAUCGACUCGACGGCACUGGGUUUGGUUUUGUUCUGGUUUAGAGUAGGCUAUUCUUGAGGUAAGAGACCCUGAAAUCUCAGUGGCUUAAUACAAUAAAGGUUUGGUUUUUACUCAUGUCUUAGUUUGGCUCUUCUGCACCUCUCAUCUGGUCACUCAGGGUCUAGGCUGCUUCCAUCUGAUAGCUACAUUCUCUGUAACAUGUGGUUUUUAAGAUUACUGCAUUCACAUUCCAUUGGCGGACACAGUCACAUGCUCCCAUGACAAUUGCAAGAGAGGGUGUGAAGUGAGGGUGUCCUCCGUGUCCAGGAACAGGAAGUAGUAUGAUGAUGAACCAUUGUUUUUGCCAUAAGGGCUCCAGCAGUCUGCUUUAUCACCUCUUUAUUGGGAUUUUUCCAUUGAAUUCAUUGCAGGACCAGAACUAUUGGAGAGGUAGAGUUUGUAUUGUGUUUAGCUUUGAAUCUGCUAGAAUUAAUGUUUUAUUUUCCUUGCAAGGAGAAACACUAAACUUUGCCUACAAAAAAACAUGAUCUGUAGAUUAAAAGGUCAACACGAUCCGUAUGCAGCACCGUUGAAGAUUGCCUUCCAAGGAGAUUAACAAGGAACAUUGUAUUUAAAAGCCCAGGAAACACCUGUGCCAAUAAGGCAGUUCUUUGCUUCUUAGGAAGCACAACAGAGACAGAACUCACCGUUUCCCCAAACUUUCUGGUGUCUUAACAGUUCUUUUACUUACUGUACUUCUAAUGUCACAGAAUAUAAGUGUCCUUAUUUUACCUGGGCCAUAUUUUUAAAGCUCAGGGUAUGUUAAUGUCUUAGGCUGGAUUCUCUAGAGAAGCAAAAAGAGUAAAGUGUAUAAACAUAUAUAGAGAGAUUUAUAUUAAGGAAAUGGCUCACAUGGUUGUAGAGGCUGGAACGUGGAUCAACCAGGAGGCUUCUGAUUCACGUAGCUGCACGGGCUGGUGAACCCAAGAUCAGCGAGUCAGACAGCAGGGCUCUAGCUCACAGGCUUCGAGGAUUGAUUGGCAGGUGAGAUGACAGGUAAGCUGCUAGCUCAAGUCCCAAGAACUGGAGGUCAGAUGAACAGGAGUCAGCUGUAGAAUCCAGUGUGAGCAGAAGCCUUGCCAGAAAGGCCACUUAUGUUGAUGCAGAUCGUCCUCAAGGAAACUCCCUUUCAACUGAUUGGCUACUCAUAGUAGAUCCCACCAUGGAGGUGAUCACAUUAUAUCAAAUUUUGUCAAGGAAGUGAUCACAUCACCAUAUGACUGCCAAACUACAUCAUAACUGCUGAGCCACUGAGAAUCAGAACCAAGCCAAGUUGACACACAACCUUAAAAAUCACACUUAUAUCUUAGGAUGUUUUUUGCCCAAAAACUCUUAAAAAUUACACUUGUGCCUUGUUUACUUUCAGCCGAGGUGAAUAAAAAAUUUAAAGGUUACAAUUUCUUUUAUCCCAGUGGUCUUUGGAGUCUUAUAAAUAAAUAAGAUUGCCUAAGGAGGAUGUCCAGGGUAAAAAGAGGAGAUGAUCUGUGACAGAGCCUUACUACCAUUUAAGGACUGGUAAGAGAAAGAGCCUGCCAAGGAGACUGAGAAAGACCAGUGAGUGAGGGACAAAAAAAUCUGCAGAAUGUGGUGUGAUAGAAGAUAGGGGAGGAAGAUGUUUUCUGAAAAAUAUAGUGGCCAAGGGUCAAAUGCUGCAGGGAAGUUAAACAAGAUAAAGGUUGAAAAAUAUUCAUUGGCUUUAUCAACAUGUGUAGUCAUUAGUGACAUUGGUGAGAGCAGUUUCGGGGGGCGGAAGCCAUAUUUCAGGGGGUUGUGAACCCCUCUCUUGAAUUCUAACUCAUGCAUACAACUACCUACUUGAAGAUAUUCCACUGGAAUAUGAAAUAAGCACCUCAAACUUAUCACAUACAAAACCAAACUCUUUGUUCUCAUCAUUUAAAUCUAUUUCUUGCUCAUCUUAGUGAAUGGACACUCCAUUCCUCCAGUUGCUCAGCCCAAGAAAACCUACCUCUGUCUUAUAUCCCACACCCAAACCAUCAGCAAGUCCUAUUGGCUCCAUUUUCAAAAUGUAUACAGAAUCUAGCAACUUCUCACCACUUUCAACAUUUCCAGCCAACUUCAAGUCACCAUCUUCACUCCUGUACUAUUUUAGUAGCCUCCAGAUUAAUUUCCUGCUUCCAGUUGUCUUCUCUAUAGUCUCUUCAUUAUAUAAGAACCACAUAAUCUCUUAAAAAUAUAAAUUAGAUAGUUUGUCUCAUUUUUCAGAACUUUCCGAAGGCUUCCCUUCUCAGAAUAAAAACC